GAGUUUACGUGUGAUCUGCGAGAGCCUGACUGGCUUCUACAAAUAAUAUAUUAAUGGCGAAUAUCAAUAUACCCCACGUGGCUUCAUGUGUAUUACCAUCUUUCAGACAUGCCCCCACGUACUGUACUCCCCGCGUGGAAACCUGAACCGUGUGGAGAAGCAGUCCCGUCAUUGUGGGAAAGCCCACGACUUCCUCGGAGGCUGCCAUCCUCGGUGCGGUACGGUGCCUUGGUGCAAAAGCUAAAAACAGCAAAAGCCAAACAAGAAACAAAUAGAGGACCGAACAUCAAUAUUGACCAUGAAGGUUGUAGGAUUAGCCAUCGUUAGAACAGGGCAGGAGCUCAAUGAACCCAUCCCUAUGAGUGUCGCCACUGACCUCUCGUCAUUUGGAUUUUUCCAGCGUCAGAGCGUCAAGGAAAUGCUAAUGUUCUUGACGAAAACCUUCACAAAGCGGACAGAACCAGGCCAACGCCAGUCGAUUACACACGAGGGUUAUGUGGUGCACUGUUACGUGAGGUCGGAUGGACUGGGUGGUACCGUGACGACCGAUUUAGAGUACCCCGCUCGUGUGGCGUUUGUCUUGAUUGGACAAAUGCUAGAAGACUUUGUGGCUCAUGUAGGCGGUGACGACAAAUGGAAGACUGUGACCCAACCGGAAUCCAUCACCUUUCCAAAAUUGGACGAAUAUUUGCAAAAGUACCAGGAUCCCGCCGAAGCCGACAAGGUGACCAAAAUCCAAAAGGAUCUGGACGAGACGACACAAAUUCUACACAAGACCAUUGAUAGUGUCUUGGAGAGGGGAGUGAAACUAGACAACCUUGUGGAACGCAGUAAUGAUUUGUCCGCGCAAUCCAAAAUGUUCUACAAACAAGCCAAGAAAACCAACAGCUGCUGUGUCAUUUCUUAAAAAAGAAAGAACAAUUCAUAUUAUCGUGAUUCAUUUCAUCAAGAGGAGGAGAAAAUAAUGGAAUCAUCACAGAACAGGAAAUGAACCACGACGACAACUCAGAAAGAAAAAGGAACCAGCGAGAGAGAGGAAGUGAAUUGCAUGGCAGCGUCAGGAUUCAAAAGCCUUGUUUAUAGAAUUUGUUCGCUAUGUAAACUGGGAAAUUGUUUUUGUUGGAUGUUCGGGG